AUGAUGAAUCAGACUGUUACCGUGAAUAUCCCAGGAGGUUGCAGCUUUGAAAGCGACAUCUGUUGGUGGCAGACGAGCGGCUGGUCACGGUACCCAGGCCCCAACCGUCCAGUUCCGUAUGCACCCCUGAGUGACCACUCAACGAACUCGUCGGAUGGACAUUUCCUGGUAGCCGACCUCGCGAGUGGCCAGGCAAAUGUCGCGAGCUUUUACAACCAGCAUGUGCCAGCGACAUCAAACAAAUCCCAGUGCCUGACCUUUUGGUACUACCUGUUUGCUCAAGAUCGACAACUCGGCUACCUACGGGUCAUAGCGGGAAACAGUUUUGAAAAUGAAACUAUCGAAAGCAACACAAUAUUGUGGCAGUUGAAAGGUCAAUCAGACAACAAGUGGCAUUUUGCUCAGGUCAACAUCAGCAGGAUGUACACAACCAGGUCAUAUAAGUUAAUAUUUGAGACCAACCUGGGAUCCCAAGAAACAGGUGUGGCUGCAGUGGAUGACACACUACUGGAGAUCAAAGACUGCUCCACAUCUCCAGACAUUGCUCAGCCUACACCUCCAUCAGUGGUAGAUUGUAGUUUUGACAACGGCCCAUGUGACUGGCAGCCAGCCAAAGGCAUUCCUUACAACUUCACUUAUACAAACACACGCUAUGUCACAGGAACUCGCUACUACCUGUCAGCUGACAGCUCAGUGUUGCCAGAGAAUUCUCUGUUGUAUCUCUUGUCACCAACUUUACCACCAGCAAACAUUGGCUGUUUCACCAUGGUGUACAGGGCAACCAAUACAGGCUUCUCUGACAUCAGUUUGCUUAUGUUGACUGGAUCCUCCAGUAUUGCUGUGUGGCGCCUUCACUCAAACAAUAACAGGUGGCAGUCAGCCAGUGUAAACAUAGCAAAUAAAUGGGAUCAUAAACUUAUGUUGAAAGUGAAAGUAGGAAUUCCAGUCUAUGGCAGUGUGGCAAUUGAUGACAUCAAACUUAACCAUGGAGCAUGCAAGAGAGAGGGUAUAUACAACUUUGAAGAUGGAAACUCCAAUGAGUUUACACAAGUCCCAGCCUCUGACUUUCUGUGGCCAGUGAAGAGGGCAGACAGUACAAUACUUGCUGUUGAUCACACCUACACGUCUCCUCUAGGCCACUUCCUGCAAGCGGAUCUGAAGCCUGUGUUUGCUGGCUCAAGCUCACAAGUUGAAUCACCUUACUACCCUCCCACUAGGGAGGAAUGUUUUUUCUUCUGGUACGUCAAACUGGGAUCUAACACAAGCACCUUGUCCAUCCUCAAGUCUGUCCAGAGUGUAGGGGAAGAGGUGGAGAUGGAGGCAUUGUGGGAUACUGUGGGCAGUACCACUUCCUGGACCAGAGCAUAUGUGGAUAUCUUUUCUUCAGACCCUUAUAAGACCCUUAUAAGUACCACUUCCUGGACCAGAGCAUAUGUGGAUAUCUUUUCUUCAGACCCUUAUAAGCUAAUUUUUCAAGUGGAUGUGGGCAUCAACCAUCUACAUGACGAGGUCUACCUGGAUGACAUCAGUUUCAGCACGUUACCUUGCCCAGAAAUAGCUGACUGUGACUUUGAGGGGAGUUUUGUCUGUGGUUACACAAGUUCCAGUGCUGAUGAAGUCUUGUGGCGCCUGGUCUCUGCCAGCAACCCUGACACUGUCAUGCCAGUUGAUCACACCACACUGUCUGACAGAGGUUCUUACAUGGAAGUUGACUUUCCAAUGUCCACUCCUAGGAAAUUGUCCAUCAGACUUACCAGCCAGCCCCUGAUAGCAGCAGCUGUACGCUGCUUCAGUUUUUGGUUCUAUGGGAGAGGUUCAGGUGUACUAAAACUAUAUAUUACAACUGAAUCGUACGAAAGCAUACUUCUAGAAAGAGCAGUUAGUGAUGACUUUAAACACAGAAGUGAGCGCACUUGGAGGAAUUUCCGUGUGGACAUCACAGACACCACCUUGCAGUACACAGUUACCAUUGAGGCGGAUGGUUAUCCCAACUCAUCCUUUGCUGUGGAUGACAUCACGUCCGUCCAAGGCCAAUGUGUUGAUAUGGAGAAAAGUGGUGACAUUCAAGCCAACUUUGGACCCCAGCUUGACCCUGGCAAAAGAAUGGUUGGCUGUGACUUUGAAAAUGGAACAUUGUGUGGCUUUCAGCCUGAUAACAAAACAGACUUGAACUGGUCAAUAUUUUCUAGUUCUUCUAGACAUACUAAGAGUACUGGACUAAACUUUGACCAAACAACAAGCAGUAAAUUUGGGCACCAUAUAUAUAUGGAUGCAUCAGGCAAAAACGUGUCAUCAGUAGCCAGGUUAGUGAGCCCUAUUGUCAACACUGGAGGUAAAAUCUGUGUCAGCUUCUAUUACGGGAUGUACGGGUCAAGUGUGGACAGGCUGGCCUUGUACGUGAGACAGGCUGGACAGGGGGAGAAACUUUACUGGACCAGGUCAGGUAAUCACGGCCAGAGGUGGAUACACCAGAUGGUGGAGGUGGCCGGGGACUACCAGCCCACACAAGUCAUCUUUGAGGGGGUGGUGGGGAGGACUGCGGAGAGUGAUAUUGAUCUAGACGAGGUGUGGAUUUACAACCAGCCCUGUCCACCUAAUGGGUACUGUGACUUUGAAGAUGAAGAGUCAUGUGAUCUUGAGCAAGACAACAUGGAUGAUGAUGAUUGGACAUUUCAUUUCCUAGCCAGCUCUCUGCAUAGAUUAGCUCCCCUUAUAGACCACACAUAUGGAACAGGGGAAGGCCAUUACCUGUAUAAAAAUCUAAGCACAGAACAAACAACUGGGGAGCUGUCCAGACUGCUGACCCCAUUACUGGACGCUGCCAGUGUCCACUGCCUGACAUUUUGGUACUACAUAAGCAACCCCCCUCAGCUGAGCAGCAGCCAUGUCCUGGCUGUCAGAACCAGAGAUGAGAGUGGACAGGAGACUGACCUAGGAGUCUUAAAGGGCAGGGGACUCAACACAUGGAACUCUGCACACUUUUCUAUUGAUCACAGGUCUACGGAAAAAUUUCAGAUAAUAUUUGAAAGCCAAAAAGUUGGGAGUUAUGGGGCUAUUGGUAUUGAUGAUAUUGAGUUAUUGACAGAGAGCUGCUACACCCUUGUGAACUGUGCCCUUGAAACAGACACAAUGUGCAACUGGCAUCAGUCAUCUACAGAUGCAUCACCACCAUGGGAAAUAAUCCAGGAUGACCACUACAUGCGGGUCAGCUUCACCAACAGACCAGGCCCACCACAGAUCUCCACUGUAGUAUCGGAACUUGUACCUAGCACACACCUGGCUGAGUUUUGUUUUACUUUCAGUUACAUGAUGUUUGGAGAUAACAUUGGCUGUCUUAAUGUUUCUUUACAUGACGUUGCCCCAAGCUCCCAGACACCACCUCCACAGGUAGACCUGACAGUGUUGAGUGAAUGUGGUGAGCAAGGAGUCAGCACAUGGCACACAGCUCACAUCAACAAACCCCAGACCUUCAACAGCACAGAGUUCCAAAUUGCCAUAUCAGCCUCAUCAACCUUACAACCCAAUAGCACAAAACUAGGGGAGAUUAGAAUUGCUAACAUACAACUCUUCCCUCAUAGUUGCUUACAAGAAGAAAAUGUGAACUACACCUGUAGAGACAGCCAGACUGUGAUCAGUUUAUCCAAAGUUUGUGAUUUUAUCAGAGACUGCCCUGCUUCAGAUGAUGAGGAAAAUUGUGGCACCUGUAGUUUUGACAGUAAUUUCUGCCACUGGGUGGAUGCCAGCUUGGGCUCAGAGAAGUUUGGUCUAGCCUCUAGUAUCCCAGGCAACAAUAUGCCGUUAAACUAUCUGGGCCAAAAUAAAGGUGAUUAUGUGGCUGUGGAAGGAGACCCUGACACAUCACAGACUUUGAUUGACUUGGUCCUCACCCAGGAGCUGGGUCCCUCACCCCCACAAUGUGUCCUCAGAUUCCUCUACUACCUCCACGUCAGUCUAGACUCAGAACUGGGUGAUCUGUUUGUUGUGCUGGAGGAGGGUGGGGAGGAGACAGUCAUCUGGAGAAGUUUGAGAGUCAGCAGCACUGACUGGCAUGAGGCUCAAGCCAUGAUUGACAACAUUCACUCUCGUUUCAAGCUUCACUUCCGUGCCAACCAACUCGGCUACCUGCAGACUAUUGCUAUUGACAACAUAGAGUUUGUAAACUGUAUGUUUCCAGUUUCAGUGUUCAGCAGUGGUGUGUGUGCCCCACCUAUGUUUGCCUGUAAGACAAAUGUAACUUGUGUACAGGAGAGUUCUGUCUGUGACUACACUGACAACUGUGGAGAUGGGGCGGAUGAGGACACCAACAUGUGCAGUGCUUAUGUCAGGGACAACUUUGAAUACAGCCUGGGGAACUGGCAACAAGACCAGGGUGAUGACCUUGAUUGGCACCGUCACCAAGGUCAAGGGGUCAAUGUCUAUGAUGGUCCACGUCGAGAUCACACACUAGGAACUCAUUUUGGCCACUACAUGUUGUUUGAAACAGCUGGACAGCAGGCAGGUCAAAGGUCACGGCUCCUCAGUCCUAUGUUUGCACCAUCUGACCAGUGUAAAAUGAGAUGGCAUGUGUACAUGUAUGGGACAAACCCUGCCCACCUCACUGUGAGCGUACGCACAACAGUGAGAGGACCAGAGACAGUGGUCAGUGAGUUAAAGGAGAGUCUGGGUGACACUUGGGAGUCACGCGUCAACCUGCUCAACAUUCAAACUGACUUUCAGGUGGUGAUAGAAGGAGAGGCCACAGGCUUGCAUUCUUCCAACAUUGGCGUUGAUGACAUCAGUUUUAGUCUAGAGUGUGUGUUGUCUAACAAGACACUUCCAGAAGGUUCCGCAGCCCCCACCUCCUCCCCUCCCUGUGGUGCUGGUCAGUUUAUGUGUACAUCUGGACAAUGUAUCAACCAAAGCCUUGUUUGUGAUUUUGUGACUCAGUGCAUGGACGCAUCUGAUGAAGCGCAGUGUGGUUCCUGUACCUUUGAGGCAGGUGAGUGUGGCUGGACAGAUGAAAGCCUUGGGGACAAGGUGUGGUCACUACUGGCUGCUGGGACAGUUGGCACACCCUACUCUGAUCACACUUUUAGUGCCACUGCUUUCAAAGGUCACUACUUGAUGCUGGACCACGGUGUGGGCGUGGCUGACCUGCCUGCCUAUCUGGUUGGGCCAACUCUGACAGCUACAGGCAGUGACUGCUCCAUGGGGGUUUAUGUUUUCAUAGAUAACCCAGGCAAUGUUGCAGUUGAGUUUGGAUUAAGAAAUGGCACAGACCCAUUCAGAGCAGUGAUAACCUUGACCUCAGUUCAUAUUGGACCCAGUAGUGUGCCUGGUGGAUGGCUGAAGUACUCCUAUCAUAUUGGCGCCCUACCUUCAGGGUCACAGGCUUUUGUGAAGGCGAGUGUGGUGAACACAUCAGCAACACUUCUGCCACGUUUACUUCUGGACGACAUCAGCUUCAACAAUUGCCAGCCAGAUGUAGUCUCAAAUUUAACAGAUGCAACUUGUGACUUUGAGCAAGAUUUCUGUGGCUACUUCAAUGACUACACACAGACUGGUCAGUGGGUGCGUAGUGUUGCCACUCCAGCCAAAAGUGGACCACAACAUGACCACACCACAGGCCAGGGUUACUUCAUCUACACCAGGUUUAAUCCUGACUUUAAUCAUCAGCAAACAGUGGCCAGACUUUUGACUGGCGUAUUGGAUGCCAGUGGCCUAAAAGAUGGCUGCCUGUCAUUCUUCUACAACCUGGUUGGGCUUGAGGUAUCUUUAAAUGUUUUCCUGGUGGAGGAGAGGAACCAAACUUUAAUUUUCACCCAAUCUAAUGUGGACAACACUUGGACAUAUGGACAGGCUAGAGUCACCCCCACACAACAGUUUCAGGUGCACUUUCAAUCAGCAGCAUCAACAUUGAAUCUACAUCAUUCAAUACACAUUAUUUGA